CGACAUGCGUGAGCUACACCUGUUUUAGCGAAUCACAUUCCCGCUACUCUAAAAUGACAAGGAUCUUUGCCCAAUCACCGCUGACACAAUCCCCACGUUGGCGGGUUUGGUAAGGACGCGGGAUUUUUCAGAUUAAUGUCAGAGUCAAUUUCAUUCUCUGCAGGUAGAUUAGCCUUUUGUGAAAAUCUGUGUUUCCUUGUUUGUGAAUUAUAAGGAUUUUGUUGUGUAACAUUAUAUGUUGGAUGAGAAAAAAAGAAGACGACGACGAAGUAAAGCCGAAAACCUGUUUGCUUUUAGUUUUUCCUGAAGAGCAACUAGUUGAUUGAGAGAUUUCUGUGAAAUCCUUUGGUAGAGCAUACCGGGAGCCGACUUGGUUGCUUGUGGAUAUCUAAAUAUAACAACGUUACAUUCCCUUUGAAAUAAUAUGUGCUAGGAAUAAAACUUAUAACACUGAGGGGUUUGUUGGAUAUUAUGGAUAAUUACCAUCACCAGCGUUAUGAUCCUUCAGCCCAUGGAAGGGAAAACAAAUUCAGUCGAAAGAAAGUUUUUUCCGGGGGAGUCGGUACAAGUUCCCAAGGAGGGUCUUCAGGACAGCAUGACGAAGGGCAGAGAAAGCCUAAAUUCAACUUAAAUAUUAGAACAUUGACAGAUGAUGUGCUGGACAGAUUUGCCAGUAUUCGCAUGCCAGGCAGCAAAAAGGAACGACCAAAUAUUCCUCAUGUGAAGCACUGCUCGUCCAGUGACUGGUCGGCUGUCUCUGAAGAGUUUGAGGACUUCUCUUCCAAACUGAUGUCGGAGAAAGAAAUCCUUGCACUCUUUGAAAAGAUGAUGGAGGACAUGAACUUGAAUGAGGACAAAAAAGCACCCCUCAGAGAAAAGGACCUCAACACUAAAAAAGACAUGGUGAUUCAGUACAUGAGCACAGCCAACAAAACUGGCAGCCUGAAGAGUAGCCACCAGAUUUCACCACAGGAAUUCCUGCAUGAGCUAAAGUCAGGUGCAGCAGAUGAGAGGCUCUUUGGCUGCCUUGACUCCCUGCGUGUGUCUUUGACCAGCAAUCCUGUCAGCUGGGUGCAGAACUUUGGACAUGAAGGCUUGGGAUUACUUUUGGACACUCUGGAGAGACUACUUCACAAAAAGCAUCAAGAAAAGAUUGACAAGAAGUGUCAACAUAAAGUCAUACAGUGCUUGAAGGCCUUCAUGAACAAUAAGUAUGGACUGGAGCGAAUCCUUGGAGAGCAGAAAAGUCUAUGCCUACUGGCCAGAGCUAUUGACCCACGACAGCCAAGCAUGAUGACAGAUGUGGUCAAAUUACUGUCUGCAAUAUGUAUUGUGGGAGAAGAAAACAUUUUGGAAAAGGUCCUUGAAGCUAUAACUACUGCUGGGGAACGGAGAAGCAUUGCAAGGUUCCAUCCAAUUGUUGAAGGACUACGUGAUCGGUCUGUGCAACUACAAGUUGCUUGCAUGCAGCUCAUCAAUGCUCUUGUUACAUCUCCUGAUGAUUUGGACUUCAGGCUUCACAUCAGAAAUGAAUUUAUGCGAUGUGGACUGAAAGAGAUAUUGCCGCAUCUGAAUGUUAUCAAAAAUGAUGCACUGGACAUCCAACUUAAAGUAUUUGAAGAACAUAAAGAAGAAGAUAUUAUUGAGUUUUCACACCGUCUGGAAGACAUUAAAGCAGAAUUGGAUGAUGUCACUGAUGUCUUCAACAUGGUGAUGAAUUUAGUCAAGGAUACUAGUGCAGAAGGCUAUUUUCUGUCCAUUCUGCAACAUCUGAUGCUCAUCAGGAAUGAUUAUUUUAUCAGGCCUCAGUACUUCAAGAUAAUAGAAGAGUGCAUCUCUCAGAUAGUGUUACAUCGUGGUGGUACAGAUCCUGAUUUUACAUACCGGAAGCGCCUAGAUGUGGACUUCAGUCACCUUAUAGAUGUGUGUGUUGAUAAAGCCAGAACAGAAGAAUAUGAACAGAGAGUUUCAGAAUUGGAACAGAAGUUUGAUGAAGAAUUUAUGGCUCGACAAGAAGUCCAAGCUCAAUUGCAGAAAAAGGAAGAAAAAAUCAAUGAACUAGAAAUGGAAGUGCAAGCGUUUAGAUCACAGUUUGGAGCUGUGCCAGUUGGGGUUCCUACCGUCCAGUCGCCUCAGACCAUUACAUCAUCUUUACCACCACCCCCACCUCCUCCUCCCUUUGUCUCAGGGACACCAGUACCCCCACCACCACCCCCACCCCCUCUUCCCGGAUGUGUACUUCCACCUCCACCUUCAUUCUUACAUGAACCUGGAGUGCCUCUUCCCUGUGGGGUUCCUCCUCCACCUCCACUUGGAUUUGGGGGGCCUAAUUGGUCUCCACCACCUCACAUGCUGCCUUUUGGGUUGAAGCCUAAAAAGGAGUUCAAGCCUGAUGUCUCCAUGAAACGACUCAAUUGGUCAAAGAUCAGACCCCAAGAGAUGUCGGAGGACUGCUUCUGGGUAAUGGUAAAUGAAGAAAAAUAUGAGAAUCCUGAACUACUUACUAAGCUAGUACAUACCUUUGGAUCUCAGAAACAUGUCUGUGAUGUGAUUCUUCCUCGUGUGGAAACACCCAAAAAAGAGGAGGAAGGACUGGAGGAGAAAAAAACGAUCAAAAAAAGAAUUAAAGAGCUCAAAGUCUUGGAUCCUAAGAUAGCUCAGAACCUAUCAAUCUUUUUGGGUUCCUUCCGGAUGCCUUAUGAAGAAAUCAAGCAAAUGAUAUUAGAGGUGGAUGAAGAACAACUGACGGAACCUAUGAUACAGAACCUGGUUAAACAUCUGCCUGAGCAGGAGCAACUAAAUGCCUUGGCUAAGUUUAAAAAGGAAUAUGCCAACCUUUCUGAGCCAGAGCAGUUUGGAGUGGUGAUGAGUGGAGUGAAGAGACUACGACCACGGCUUAAUGCUAUUCUAUUCAAGCUGCAGUUUGAAGAACAGGUGAACAACAUCAAACCUGGCAUCAUGGCUGUGAAUGCUGCCUGUGAAGAGAUAAGGAAAAGUAAAAGCUUUAAGAAGCUGCUGGAGCUUGUGCUGCUAAUGGGAAACUACAUGAAUGCUGGCUCCCGAAAUGCGCGGUCUUAUGGUUUCGACCUCAGCUCCCUUUGCAAACUCAAAGACACAAAAUCAGCUGAUCAAAAAACAACUCUGCUUCAUUUUCUGGCUGAAAUGUGUGAGGAAAGGUUUCCCGAUGCGCUGAAGUUUCUGGAUGACUUUCAACAUGUUGACAAAGCCAGCAGAGUCUCAGCAGAAAACCUGGAGAAGAACUUAAAACAGAUGGAGCGGCAGCUUCAACAGCUUGAGAAGGAUUUAGAGACCUUUACGCCUGCGGAGGACAUGCAUGACAAGUUUGUCACAAAGAUGACCAGUUUUGCCAUGUAUGGCAGAGAGCAGUACCAGAAGCUGGCUAUAAUGCACAACAACAUGUGCACACUCCAACAGAACCUGGUGGAAUAUUUUGUCAUAGACCCAAAGAAAACAUCAAUAGAGGAGCUCUUCAUUGAUCUGAGCAACUUCCAUUCCAUGUUUAUGCAAGCGUUAAAGGAAAACAUGAAGAGGCGAGAAGCUGAGGAAAAGCAAAGGCGUGUCAAGAUUGCCAAAGAAAAGGCCGAACAAGAGAAGCGGGAAAGACUGCAGAAGAAAAAGCGCUUGCUGGAAGUGAAUACUGAGAGUGAUGAGACGGGAGUGAUGGAUAGUUUGCUUGAGGCCCUGCAGUCAGGUGCUGCAUUCAGAGACCGGAGGAAGCGAGUGCCCAGGCCAAAAGAUGUCCGCCAAAGUCUCAGCCCAGGUUCACAGAAGCCUGUUUUGAAGUCUUGUAACCAUGAAAACAUGAAGACACCUUUUGAAAGGUCACGGUCUCGGCAGAAUAUUCAUUUCAACUCGACAAGAUCACCAGCCACCAAGGAGCUGAAUUAUGAGGUGGAGCCUCAUUCAGCUACAGGAAGAGGCAAAUCGUCUGGGAAGCGAGAGACCCAGUAUGGUUCAAGCAGCAAAGAGAAGGAAACUGAGCUUGGAGGCUGCCCCUCUAAAGGAGAGAAUGACGUAGAGGCUCUCCUGGCCAGAUUAAGAGCCUUGUAACCUUUCAACAGGACAGCCAUGCUAUCUGCUAUGCACAUGUUCCUGUGAAAGAGAGUAAUGUGACAACCUGUCUGGUUAGACUGUUCAACCAACAAGCUCAUCACAAUAGUGUGGUGUCAUUUUUCUAAUGAGCAAAAGUGGUCUAUCACAUAACUCUCACAAUUAACCUUUAUUUGAAGAUCCUUAACCUUUUUCAGAGCCUGACAUUUUGUUCCAUAACAUCUGAAUGUUAGAGUUGGUAAAAGGUAAUAAGUUGAAUAUGGUUCUUCUGCUGAAUGUUGCCCUUGUAUACAUGUAUUGUGCUUCUUCUUUCAUAGGUGAUGGAGAAAAAUAGACAUUAUUCCAAUUAAUUAAAUGGAUGAUUUGUUAUUCAGGAAUCCUUUUAAGUAUAUACUUUAGUACCUACAGCAAAAUGUGAUUUCUACAAGAACUGUAUCCUGCAUACAGUAGUGGGAAAGAAAACUAUCACAAUACCCAAAAUGUAAAAUUAACAAAAAUAAUUAUAUUUUAUCUCUUCACAUGUAAUUUUAAGUCUAUGCAAAUCAAAAUAAAAAAUAAAGUUAUCUAUAUUAUUUUUUUUAUGUGCAAGUUAAAAUAUGAAGUUUAUACGGUGUCUCAUAAUGCAACAGCGCCAGUGCCCUGAGGUUUGUCUCAGUUUAAAUGCAGUUCUUUUAACAUGCUCUUUCCCCACCCCUUAUAAAUGCUGUAUACUGAGAGGUAUUAAAACACAGCAAAAGAAUAUUCGAAGCUUGAAUUUUAAUACCCCUCCAUAUACAUUGCAGAUUGGUUUUGCAUACUGUAUACACUUUUUGCAUUUUUGCUUUUCUAUAUAUAUAAACACACUGCAUUUACACACUAAUCAUUACUUGUGAAAAUGAAUCUGAAGUCAUCCAGUCUACUUCUCAUUUUAAUUCCCUUUUAAGCUUUCUGCCAAAAAGUUAAGUCAUAAAAUGUCUUCUUAUGUCUAACCCUUGAACAGAAUAUUGUGUAUUACAUAAAACAUUAUUGUUAUACUUUGGCAUCCAUAUAAAGAUCAUGUAAAUCAGCAUUCUUUGUUCACAUGUGACUGCAAUAAUAUGUUUAUUAUACACACAUAAACAGAUAUACAUGCAUCAUUUUAUUGUAUUUAUUAGUGUGUGUAUUGUGUUCACAUUUACUGUACGUAGGAUUGGCAGAAUAGCACUUUGUCCCUUGGUGUUUUUAUGUUAUUUUCAGCUACAUGAGUUCAUGUCCUCUUUGUGAUGGGUUCAGUCACUGACCUGGAUUAAACCAGAACAUUGACCUGCCUGUUAGUCAUGAAUUGCAUAUUCAGUUUUCUAUUGAGUAGGUAUAACAGAAACCAGCAACCAGUGGGUUUAUGGCAAUGUUUUGCUUUAUUCAGGUCCGUCUGUGGUUAUACUAAUUGGUGCCAUUGUAUAGUUUUGUCUAUGCUAAUCAUUCAAUAUUGACUGUAUUCUAAAUUAAUAUUUUAAAUUUAAUUAUUGGUAAAGUUGUCUGCUGCUGAUUCGAGGUCUGUGAGCAAAGCGAAUGCUUGGCAAAGGUAGACUUGCUAAAUAUUACCUACCAUUUAAAAUAACCCUUUUUCUUUCACUAUUUCAAUUUGAGUGAACAUGUAAUUGCAGUAAGUGGAUUUGUCCUGUAAUUUGUUGGUUCUUCCCUGUUGAAUACCGAUAUGAAUGUGUUUUGUGGUGGGUGUUGAAUUGGAUUGAGACACACAGAGGGAAUUUUCACAGUUAAUUGUAAUAAUCGCAUAUUCUCUCAGGCACUACAAGGGUGAUAAUCUAUUCACAAAAUUUAAUUAUUAGACUUAAAUCAGACAAGGUAGCUAUAUCUCUAUCCAAACUGUUUUUUGUUAUAUCUUUAUUAAAUUCACUUUUCUUAUUCCCUACUUCAGAUCAUCAGCACUGUUUAAUUAGAGGAUAAUGUAAGAACUGGGAACUGCGCAUUUUGUAGCAUCAUUUAUACAAUAAAAGAAAGCUUGUGCAAAUG